GCGGCGGUGGCGCGGCGUGUCUUGGAACCGCCGCCGCCACCGCAGAGCUCAGCCGGCGCUCGGCGUUGCAGGAGCAGCGGGAGGAUGGCCGGCGGCAGCGGGGGCAAGAAGGUGGCGGCGGGGCUCGGCGCCGUCUGCUUGGCAGCCGUGGCGGGCCUGCUGCUGCUCUGCGUCCCCGCCAAGGACCUGCGCGAGGCGGCCGCCUUCAAGUAUGGAAUCGUUCUGGAUGCUGGAUCCUCCCACACUGCCAUGUUUGUGUAUAAAUGGCCAGCAGACAAGGAGAACGAUACGGGGAUUGUCAGUCAGCACAGCAUGUGUGAUGUGAAAGGAGGUGGAAUCUCCAGCUACGCCACAGACCCUCCAGCUGCUGGGAGGAGCUUGGUAGCCUGUCUUGACCGGGCGAUGAAGGAUGUCCCAAAGGAGAGGCACGCUGUCACCCCACUCUAUCUCGGGGCCACGGCAGGCAUGCGGCUGCUGAACCUCACUGACCCCCAGGCUUCAGACAACGUCCUUGCAGCAGUGGCGUCUGCCCUUAAGGCUUACCCCUUUGACUUCCGAGGAGCGAGAAUACUAUCCGGAGAGGACGAGGGUGUGUUUGGCUGGGUCACAACUAACUAUCUUUUGGAGAACUUCAUUAAGUAUGGCUGGAUUGGGCAGUGGGUCCAUCCGAAGAAAAAAACAUUGGGAGCCAUGGACCUUGGGGGAGCCUCCACCCAAAUCACCUUUGAAACGCAGGAGAAGAUUGAGGCCCCCCUCAAUGCAAUGACCCUGCAGCUGUAUGGGCAGACGUACAAAGUCUACACGCACAGUUUUCUCUGCUAUGGCAGGGAUCAGGUCCUCAAGAGACUUCUGUCCAAGGUGCUGAAGGCUGAAGGGUAUACCCUGAAAGUCGAGAACCCUUGCUGGCCCAGAGAUUACAAGAAGAAUUUCACGAUAGAGACCGUCUAUGACUCCCCGUGCACUUCUGCCGAAAGGCCCAUCAACUACUUCCCCACGGCCAAUGUGAACAUGAGGGGCUCUGGAGACCCAGCCCUGUGCCGCCAGCGCGUGAAGAGUCUCUUCCAGUUCACAGGCUGUACCUACACACGCUGCUCCUUUGACGGCAUCUUCCAGCCCAGCGUCAUGGGAAACUUCAUUGCCUUCUCUGCCUUUUUCUACACUGUGGAUUUCAUCCAGUCCGCAAUGAAGAGACGCGUCACCACCCCAGGUGAACUUGAAGAAGCUGUGGUUGAAAUCUGUAACUCGUCUUGGUCUGAGCUGCUUCAGAAAGCCCCCGACCAGGAGAAGAGAUUGCCUGACUACUGCGCGACGGCCGUCUUUAUCCAGAUUCUGCUCACGGAAGGCUACCGGUUUGAUGAGCGCACAUUCCCCGACAUUGCCUUCCAGAAGAAGGCUGGAGACACAUCUAUCGGCUGGGCCCUGGGCUACAUGCUCAACCUUACCAACAUGAUCCCAGCGGAAGAGACCAGCUACUGGAAGGGGACGGCAUACCGCUCCUGGGUGGGCCUCAUCCUCCUUUUUGUCGCCAUCAUCCUGGUCACGUUGGUGGCCAUGUUCUGCCUGCUGCGACCCUCCAAGGGGCGUGGAACAAUGUAGGACCAGCUACUGAAUAGAUGGGAAUCCAGGCUGGUGGGGCAGCACAAGGAUGGAGGGAGGUUCCACCCCUGAUAUCCUGCCGUCUCCAGUCAAGCAGACCACGUUGUCCGUUUCAGGAGCUCAGCCUCUCGCUGGGGCUGGUUGGCAUCAAUUCCAAAGUGAAGAUCAUGAGGAAGGGGUGGCAGAAAAAACAGGCACUGCCUAAAAGAACAGGUCUCCAUGGGGCUUGAAGAUGUUCUCUUUCAGAUCCUGGAGCACAACAUCUGGAGAAGUUGCACCUUCCACCUUCUGCCUUUAUGCAGUGCUGUGGAGAUCACAACUUCAGAAGCAAGGAUGUUCCUUUAAAAAAAAAAAGAACUCCACAGGAAGGGCUUUUUCAGACCAUCACCCCCUCUGGUCUGCUUGUAUCUGUUACUUAUUUUGGGACUCAGGGAUAUAGAGUUGGAUUGAUAUUCUCCAUGGACCUGUCACAAACAUUUUUUCUCUCUCUGCAAGGCUUUAGUCUCCAUGAAGGAGUUGUGUGUGUGUUUGUGUGUGGGGAAUAUUGCUGUUGUUCUCUCGAUUGUGAGCACUGGAAAUGGGGGCAACAAAAUCCACAGGGUAUGGCUGUGUGGCAGCUGCUGACAGCCUUCGUCUAAACAACAGAGGUGCCUUUUUAAUGUUUUUGGUUUAUGAAGAAAGCAUCAUCGUGACCACUAUCGGGGCUGAGCUGCAGCCGUUUUGGAUUUGAGGCAGCAAAGGGGGAAGUGACUGCCGUCUCUUAGGGUGCCCAACCCAGAUACCACUGCCCCAUGGAAAUGACUUCCUUUAUUUUGUUGUUCUUUAGAAAAAACCAAAAAAACCUUGUCUUUGUGGAUCUUACAAGCCUGUCCUCUCAACUUAGGCUCUCAACUUAGUCCUCUCAACUUAGCUGAAGGAGAGACAAAUUGAGAAUGGGCUUUAUUGCCCUUCCUCCUUAGAUCUGUCCCAUUUGUACUCUGAUGUGAGCAUGCCUGUCACCUGCUGGACCCAGAGACCUGGGGAUGUGGGAUCUGCCAGCUAGGGCAAAGGACAGGGUUGGAUGUCCAUCCCUGGCAGCCUGGGAAGGUAGUCCAUGACCUUGGUAACUCCUUCAUCCUCCUUUGAUUCUUGUUCUGCCUGUGGAGGCAGAGAUCUCCAGAAUUUUCCCUCUCUCAUGGAUUGCCUCUGGCUACCUGGCGACUAGCCACCAUCUUUUGCCUUUUAUUCCAGGGUUCAGGCAGUUCACAGCCUCCCUCUGCCCAGUCCUGACUGGGGCUGUUUCCUCCUCUUCAACUGGAGUGGCUGUUCCUGCUGGGAGAACAGCAUGUCUUUGUUGCUGCUCUCUACAGGAAACUGUUUAAGAUCUUGUUUUGCCUCCUGAGUUUUUUACACUUGACCCUUUGCAUGGAGUCCCCCCCCCUUCCACACUGGGGGGGGGGAGUGGAGGACCAGAAGUUACAUUAUGUUGGCUGGUGUUUCUGUGGUAACAAUGCCAUAGCAACGGGUGCUGCUGUGGGUUGCCCUGGACACCAGCAUCUUUGCAGUGGUUGCCCUCCAUCCCUCUGGGUUGGUCCCUUCUGGAAUCCCUCCCAACAUCUGCUGAGCUACAGCAGUUGACACCCCUUUCUAGGGCAUGGAUCCCAUUGAACUUGGAGGGCCUUGCUUCUGAGUAAGCACGCAGGCUUUUCAGCAUCAGGGUGUCGGUUUCCAUCCUGCUGGUCUGCGUCUGCCUUUUUGGCAAGCAAGCAAUGGCAUUGUGCCAUCUCCUUGGGAGAUUUUUUUCAGAGCUAGAUUUUUAUGGGAGAAUCCGGUUUCUUUGCUGUAGAAAGAAUACAAAAGCCCUUUCUGUUGUGUUUCCUGUACUUUUUUGGGGGGGUAGUUUUCCUUAAGACGGCCAACUGAUUGUACGUGCCAAAAAAGAGUGGAAAUAUUCCUUUUGAUCCAGUUUUGGAUCUUAAUCUGUCUCCCAUGUUACUGAAUGUCCUUAUCCAUGUACAGUUCAGGAAGAAGGCAAUAGCUGCCAAACAAUGGUGGGUUGCGUAAGAGUGAAGCCAUGCACCUGGUAGGAGGUGGAUCACCUCGUUGCCACAUUGCCAGCUUGGACCUUUACAGUGUCACACCAACAUCCCAUUCAAAUGUUGUUCUUCAAAUUAAAUGCCAGUUCAGAGGUGCUCCGCUUUGAAAAUGAUAGCACAGGGACAGACUCUAAAUCCUCCACCAGAGAAAUAAACUGUCAUCCUGUCUCUCCAGCUGUACUUGGAGGAGGGGAUGGGGGGAGUCCCCAGACACUGAAUUAUCUUUACCCUCAUCAGACUACAAUUUAAUCAUUCUGUGGGGGAAGCCAUGAUGCAGUGGAAUGAAACUGUUGUCAGGAUAGAUAUGCCCGCUCAUAUUCUAGAUGGCACCAAUGGAAAAUGUAUUUAAAUAUGCAAAUGAGGGCAGGAGAGAAAUCUCUUAAGCAUUCUGUGCAGGAUUGAUAGGUACAGAAGACAGGAGAUUUUUUAAGGCAGCAAGACUGAAUGCAAGGUGCAAAAGAGAGGGGCAUGACAUUCCAAGCUUGGUGCAACCCCACCCCCACCCCACACUAGCUUUUGUUCCAGUUUUUGCAUAAGGUCUUCCCCUGCAAAAUCUCUGUCCUCACAGUUUGCAGUAGCUUAUUCUUCUGCUAGCAUUUUGGGUUUUUGUUUCAAUGCUAACUAACCUCCACUGUGCUCAGAGAUGUUAUAUGACUGUACCAAAAGGAAGACAUGGUGUGCAAACUAUUGCCUGUAAGAAAAAAAAGAAAAAGACAAGUUGCUUAAAAAAUAAUAAUAAUAAAAAUCUCACAGAUUAUCAACAUUCUGCAUGAUUUUCCCCCCUGAAGGGUUAUUUGAUUGGUUGUGUUGUGAUGACUUCACUGCAAGGCCUGGUGGGGCUAUAAAUGGGGCAGCCUCGCAAGAUGCUGGCAUUUGCUGACAACU